AUGAAAAGCCCGGAUUUUAUGAACUACAGGGUUGAUGUUCAUACCUGUGGAAAAGCAAUGGUGAAAUAUCUUGGAGAAGCUUCUUACCCCGAUGAACUCCCGGAGUUCUUCAAAGUUUAUAUGGCUGCUCUUUGGUCCGAAAGAUUGAGAAUUCCUCCGGCGUUCAUCGAGAACUUUGGUGGAAAAAUACCUCGAAAGGUCAUGCUUGGAACGUCAUCAAACCUCUUUUGGAAGGUUCGCAUAAACAAAAUCAACGAUGAUCUCUUUUUUGAGGAAGGUUGGCCAGAAUUUGUGCAAGAAAAUUCAUUGGCACAUGGCGAAUUUCUAACCUUUUCUUAUGCUGGUGACUCAAAGUUCUAUGUUAAAAUAUUCGCAACAAAUGGCUGUAGAAAGAGAGUUGCCCCUCAUCGCAUUAGCGAGAAGGAACCUUUCAAUUUAUGCCAAGGGAACGAGGCAUCAAGACCUGGCAAGUCUUACUCUAUUGAAGCUCCCCAAGGAAAUCUACGCGGAAAGGCUCUGGCUGUAAGAAAAUCUGGAGGCAAAUGUCCUUCUUUUGAAAUGGUCAUGACGAAGAGUUAUAUCCAUAAAGGGGCUCUGAAUAUACCGUCACGCUUUGAUAUCUAUUUUAAAAAAAGAUAUUCUGGUGAACGAACUGCUACUCUUCAGAAUAAAAAUAAGUCGUGGCGUGUGGUUGUUGCUACUUCAAGCAAUAGAAUCCGAUUUGCUCAAGGCUGGACCAAAUUUGUGAAUGACAAUUCUCUGGAAAAUGGAAACAUAUGCAAUUUCAAAUUGAUCGACAGGAAUGAUUUGGUCUUCAAAGUCACUAUUUCUAGAUGA